CAAAACCACUAAAACCAAUCCCCUCUCUCUCUCCUGGAGCUCCACUGAAAUUUCCGCAAAGCUACUCCCAUGGCUCUCCUAAUCAACACCAUUAACACAACAUCACUCUCUAAUCUAAAAUCACUCUCAUUCCACAACUCCUUCCCCCAAACACUCUCUCAAUCGACACGAAAAUCUUCUCCAAUUCGUCUGUGGCCAAAUCAUUUCACAAUUGUCCAGCAAUUGAAUAAGGAAGAAGAAAUUAAAGGCGAUGAUAGUUCGAAUAAAUCACAAGAUUCUUCGAUUGGGAAACAUAAGAAGAGAUUAUCUGAACAAUCGUCGUGGGAAACGAAGGAUUCGAGGGGCAAUGAUUAUCUUUACAAGCUUGGUGCUGAGGCUGAUAAUAUGAACAUUGCUGUGGGUGCUAAGUCGGGUGUUAUUGAUGAUCUCUUCACCGGAAAUUUUCUCGGCCGAGAUUCGGACAUAGUAUUCGACUAUAGACAAAAGGCCACGAGGUCGUUUGAAUACUUGCAAGGCGAUUAUUACAUCGCUCCCCUAUUCUUGGAUAAAGUUGUUUGCCACAUCGUAAAGAAUUUCAUUGCUCAUAUUCUGAACGCUAAAGUUCCCCUGAUCCUAGGAAUUUGGGGAGGUAAAGGUCAAGGGAAGACAUUUCAAACGGAGCUUAUUUUCAAGGUUUUGGGAGUCGAGCCAGUUAUAAUAUCUGCUGGAGAACUGGAAUCCGAAAAAGCUGGGGAACCUGGUAAACUAAUACGGGAGAGAUACAGAACAGCCUCUCAAGUGGUGCAGAACCAAGGAAAAUUGAGCUGUUUGAUGGUCAAUGAUAUUGAUGCUGGGAUCGGUAGAUUUGGAGAUACUCAAGUGACAGUUAACAAUCAAAUUGUAUCCGGAACUUUGAUGAACUUGGCGGAUAAUCCCACCAGAGUUAGCACCGGACAAAAAUGGCGUGAAACGGAUAUUACGAAUAGAAUUCCUAUUAUUGUCACAGGAAAUGACUUUUCAACAAUUUAUGCUCCUCUAGUCCGUGAUGGGAGGAUGGAGAAGUUCUACUGGCAGCCAGAUCACGAGGAUAUUUUUAACAUUGUUAACCGGAUGUAUGAAAAAGACGGUAUAUCAAGGGAGGAGGUUCUCAGCAUUGUGAAUACGUUUCCUAAUCAGGCUUUGGAUUUCUAUGGAGCUUUGAGAUCCCGUACGUAUGACCAAUCUAUUCUUAAGUGGGUUAAUGAUUGUGGAGGUGUUGAGAAUCUAGGAGCCACACUCUUCAAACGAAAGAAAGGCGAAAAACUUCCAGAUUUUGUGCCACCUGAGCAAAAUGUUGAGGCUCUUCUGGAAUCAGGCUACUCUCUUGUCAAAGAACAACAACUCGUCAUGGAGUCAAGACUUUCUAAGGAGUAUAUGAAAAAUAUUGACGACUAGAAUCCAAACUGCUUUUUUUUUUUUUUUUUUUCCCUAUCACCAUUUGUCUGGAAACCUUCGUUGUAUGCGUUCCUUAAUCCAUAUAUACUAUGAGAUAUAUCUGAUUCUUUGGUUUAUUAUAUUAUUAAUAGUAAUUGUAAAUAGACAAUAUCUUCUUGUUUCUUA